AUGUCUAGUUACUUUGAUGGAGAUGAAAGCCUCUUCCAAGGCUUGCAGGCAGGCAUUUACGGGCGCUUACCUAGGACUAGGUAUGAGAUAGUUGGGAGUUUCCCUUCCGAUCCAGAACCCACUGCAAGGAGUGCUCCCAAGUACCCAAAUAAAGAACCGGGCAAAUCACUUCCUUUUGAGCUUCCCCCUGGUGAUGAAGACUUUAAUCUCCUCUUUAGCAGAGGUGACACACCACCUUUGUCAGAAACAGAGGGAGACCCUGCGAAAGUCAGACUUGUACGACUGAAAGAACAAAUCAAACAGCUUGGACGAGAUUUUAAUCUCAAAGCGUGGAUGGGACGUCUGUCAGACUUGAUUGAGAAGCUUGUGAAGGGUGCUACUCCAGGUUCCUAUAGACAUUUCCUUCUUUUGCUUUUUGAGCCAGAUGAAACAUUUACCAAAGUUCAGCGUCAGAUGCGGAUAAGCUUCUAUAAUACACAUUCUAGGCCCUCAGUUCGCAACAUCGCCGGCUAUCGCCCAUCUGCAGCAUGGAGCGCGGAUAAACUUCAGUUGCUAAAUGAGGUUGAGCUGCUUCGAGACCUCGUCGAGCCUUUGCGGGAUGGGGGUGAGACCAUUCAUUGGCUGGACAAAGAUUUGAUCUCGAACAUAAACAAGUUGAAAUCGUUGAAGAAGGCUUACAUGGCCAUCUUCAAUUUUGAACUCGAAAUCAAAUCCCGUUCCACUCUUCUGGAUGGAAAAAAUGAGUUUUCUUUUACUGAACAUAAUGGGAACUUUAGGAAGACGACAAUGUCCAUGCGAUUGAUUAGGAUGAAUAUAUGCCGCAGGUCAUUUGUAAGGAUGCUUAAACCUCAAAUUCCUAGGUUCUAUAUGGGACCUCCCAAUCCCGCCAAGGAAGAUAGAUUCGAGCAUCAUAAAAAAGGAGUGGAACGAAGAGGUGGCAACGACAAGGACCAAGUCGGCAAAGCGAGGUCGUCUUCCUCCCAGCAGAACAAACCUGAAGCCGAGAACCGCAUUGGCACCAUGAACGACGUGAUCGACCACAUGAUGAACACUGCCCGUUGGUUAGCGCAGGCACGUUGCGUCGAAGCAGUCGACCUAUUCUGUGACGUUGCCAGGAGGUUUUCCUCCCACGAUCUGCCAGCCAAGCUCUCUGAGGAAAAAUUCUUCUUGGUCCGAGCCAUAUGCAAUGUAAUGUUUGACCUCGACGACAUUAUAGGUCGAUAUCCCACCUCCAAUGAGGGUUCGAAUGACGAAGAUAUCCUCAACUCACUUAACCAAGCAUACACUCCCGGAGCUGAUGAAUUGCGUCUUUCGGUGCAAGCGGACAAGAAUUUCAGAAGGGUAACGGCAUUCCCCGCUGCUCCAGGUCAGAUCCGGGGUUACCGCCCCCGCUCCAGCAGGCCAGUCCGUGACUGGAAAAAAGAAGAAGCAGCGUUGAGAAAGCGGGCCAGGUUGGAAAAGUCACGGCCCAGAUUCUACAAGCUCUGUCACGAGCCUGCGCUCCCCACUGAUCCCAGCAACUGGGCGGCGAAUCAGACCUCUCCAUUUUCUGCGGCCUACACGGAGGAGUUGGACGCGACGGAGGAAAGGGUGGUUUAUCAGGAGCUGAAGAGCAAACCUGAAAGGGAUGAACACAAUUAUUCCCAUUCUCGAACUGCUCCUUACCAGCCAAAUGUAGAACCUGAGGUUGGAAAAGGGCAAGGUCCAAUUACGGGCUCGAAACCGAAACGCGCUGACUUAGCCCCUAACUGUACGCCAAGACAGGCCAGGGCCAUGAUCUUCGAAGAACUGAGAAGGGGACGCAAUGACACAUCACCUAGUGUCUAUCAAGAGGAGCUAGACGAAGUGGAGAUAUUGUGUGAGUUAUGA